AUGGAUCACGAGCAGCUCUACUGGAGCCACCCACAAAAAUCUGGCCACAGUUCUCGCUCUUGUUGCAUCUGCUCAAACCAGCAUGGUCUGAUCUGGAAAUAUAGCCUCAAUAUGUGCCUCCAGUGUUGCCAUCAGUACGUGAAGAAUAUAGGUUUCAUUAAAUUGGACUAA